AUGCCCUGGAUUGGCCACACUUCGUCAUCUACCACGAGAUGCUUCUUCUGCCACACCGCUCCCAGCGCUUCAGCACACGCGUCCACCUCUUCAGCUCCUUCAGCACCAUGGGUAUGGAGGUGCGAAGAGUGCGGUCAGAUCAAUGCCAGCGAUUGGGAAGUUGGGGAGAGGGCUAGAAGCAUGGACGCUGCUGGUGCCGCUUUGCAGUACGAAACGUCGAAGGGUGUCAGAUACGCUUCGCCGAUUGCCAGUGGACACGCGUCUCUUGGACUUGGCAGGCCCUCGUCGAUGCCUCACAAUGGCCACGAGCUCGCGGCGCAACGCUCCAAUUCCCGCUCCUCUUGGAAUAGACGAUGGCGCUCGAACGAGCUGGGCCGAGAACCGUCGACGGAGAUCAACAGAGGACCCUUCUGUCAUAGGUGCGCAACAAAUCAGACGAUAGUCACCUCUCUCCUCUCCUCCUACUAUCCUCAAAGCGGAUCCGUGUCUGUGCUGGAAGAAGCGCAACUCGAAUCAGAGUAUCCUUCGUACCUUGCUUCGUUGGAAGAACGCUAUCCCACUUUGUGCGAAGUGUGCAGACCAAGGGUGGAAGAGACGAUCAGGGAGAGGGAUAGGAUGGCUAGAGCUCAGGCUUACCAGGGGUGGUUGGGGAGCGCAAGAGCGGAGCGUGAUGGUGGUGCAACGGCAGAACGAUGGCAGGAUCACACUCAUGCUAGAACGAAUCAGGCACACCUUCCCCGACCUCUUCACAACCCCACAACGCCAGACCUGCGGCACGGCACACGAUUAGGUGUACUCGUUUGGUCCAUCAGAGGAGCGCUUUGGGCAGCAAGCACCACUGCGGGACUCGCUCUGUCGCUGUGUGGUCAGUUAUUCGUGGCUUUUGGCCAAGAUGUAGAGCUUUGUUCCAGCCCGUCGAACUGACCGCAGCUCCCUCUCCUUUGCAAACACGCAGCGGCAUUGCCGUCCCACCUGGAUCCCAUGCCAUCGCCGAUAGAGCGUCGUGUAGCCCGACUCCUGCUUAUUAGCUUGCCUCUAGCGCCAUUUUGGACCUUUUGGGAUCCGUUCUAUCUGCGUCUUUUGAGCACGAGAAGACGUCUGGGGGCGAAUGUCAAAGUGCAGUAUCACGGCAGACCGCAGUGGCUCGUGAGUGCCACGUACGCAGCUCCGCUAUCCGUUUCCGAGACUCACAUGCGGCUGCGUGCUCUUUCCGCUUGCAGCAUACUCAAGCGCUUCUCCUAUUGCUCAGAAGUCUGGGUGCUCUGCUCUGCUUGCAGCUACGUGCGGACAGUGAGGAAAUUCAUGACCCUACACUGAAGGCGUCUCAUGAUGCUUCGGGGUGGCACAGCGGCAGUAUGGCUGCCAGCUGCUCGCUUGUACUGGCUUGGAUCAUCAACAAAGCUUCGAAAACUGUCACCUCCGCAUUCCUGUGCCUCGCACAAACCUUUGUGAGUAUGGCAUUGGGCUACGAGAUGCGUCUCGUCUCGCGCUCUGAUCACGCUACCUCUUCAUCUGCGUAGCUGCUCUCUAGAGCCUGCCUAGGACUUUCGAUCAGCAGACCCGCAAGUCUGAGGCUUGUGUCCACCUCGGUUCCUGCAGCAGGUGCGAGGCGCAGCGAGCCGAGCUUGCGUAGUAGAACACCUUCACCCGAGACUACCUUUGCGGAUCUGAAUCUGGGGCCUCUGGCGGCCUCCCCCUCGAAGCUGGGAACACGCAACAGAGGUGUCGACGGCGAGUCCUCCAGGCAACGGCACGUCUUUGGAACGCCUUCCAUGACGGGCAUUCUUAGUAAUAGCCCGCAAGAGCGCUCGGAUGACUCCAAGAAAAGUUUCCAGCGCCAGCGACAACCUGGCUUUGACAAGAAUUUGGACCUUCAUGCCGACUCGAUGGACUGGAUGUCAAGCACGUCUGAUCCUUCCCAGACUGCUCCGCCCAGAGCUUCCCCAUUCCGGGCCCAAUUGACACACACUAGCUCGCCAAUCGCACCAAUCUUGGGGCGUCAGACGUUUUUCGGCCCCGAUCCUUGCUUGCCCUCGGAUUUGUUGGAUGGGUUCGGCAAGUCUCUGCACUUGUCAGGUACGGGUUCGGCGACUGGAACUGCUGGUGAUGGCAAUGUGAGCAGACGAAAGUCGAGCGCAAGCAGUAGACAACAACGCAGGAUGAAAGAGCAGAGAAGUACGAGCGUGGUUCUGCUCGCAGCGCUUUUGCUCCUUGUUGCUGUAGGACUUGCUGGUGUUCAAAAUUCGCGAAAUACCUCGCACCUCGAACACCUCGACCGACAAAAUCUUGCUCUUGUCAGACUCGUUGAUGGCGCCUGGGACGCUCUCAAGCAGCCUGUACUGCACGCUACCAGCAAAGCGCGGGACUUGUUUCAGUUGCCUCUCAAAAUAGAAAAUCGACGGGAGCUAGCAUUCAAGACGCAAACCACUGCGCCUCCCAGCGUCGAGGAGUUGCGUGCGUCGGGUGAGGUAUCGCACGAACAUACUGCCCAAGAUGCGCAGCUCGCCUUCGAAGACGCAGAGCAGCCUGACGAUGGCUGGAAUUCGUGGUCUGCGCCUGCAGAAGAUGCUCUCUCAGCGCAUCAGCCACCUGUCAGCCUCGGCGACCAGUCGAUCAAGAACGGACAGCAGCGCGAUGCAGAAUCACCUCUGACUUCUGCAAAGACUUAUCCUGCAGAAAGCAGGCAUCAGACCUAUCCCGCCCGCUUCACGCCCAGAGAGUCAUGGUGGUAA